GGUUCCUCGUCCAUCACCCCUGGGCAGAUGCACCCAACACACCUGUUUGCGGUUCGCAAGCAUUGCUUUCGCUUGAUUACUGACUGAGAUCCUAUUGCGUCGGAAGAAGCGAGCGGACGAUCGAGUCCACGCCGCCAGAGCAAACCGACACGGCUAAUGACAAACGCCGGCCUGCUCCUGGCAGUCGCUACCAGCGUCUACUUUGUAUCGGCGAUCUAUUCCAUCUGCAUCUCCAAGUGGCUGCCGUAUACCGGCAUUUGGGUCCUGGAUUGGGUCAAGGACGAUACCUACUACUGCCUGCUACUGCCGAUCCUGGGGCCGGUGAUGGUGUAUUUUGUGUUCUUCAACUGGCUUGGGAUGAAGUUCUUCAGGACAAACUAGUGCCCGAUGAGUCCCCGGCGGCCAUUCUUUGUUUCUUGAUCCCUAAUACACAUGUGGUCGCCGAGUGUGUCUGGAGAUGCUGCGUGCAGGUCCCUCAUCGCCCAUCAGGAACAACCUUGAUAUCCAGAGCCGCUGGUGCAAGAGUUUCCUGCGGGAUCUGGGCUGGCGGCUCGACUUACAGCUGUCAUUUGUGCCAUGAGUUCAUACCGGCAGAGAGGUCGGUGUGCAGUCGGUUUCGGAGCGCUUACAGGCAAUCCAAUAAAAACGGGACACCCAGGUUUUUGACCAUUGA